AUGACGUCCUACACAUCGGACUAUCCCUCUACAGACUUCGAUGCCGACUUCAAAAAGUUCUUCGAAGAGUUCUACGCGACAUCCGACACCCCCGAUGCGCACGACAAAUAUGCAGAUUCGUUUACCGAAGACGCCACCCUAAUCAUGGCGUCUAAGAAAGCCAAAGGCCGCUCAGAAAUCCUUGCCCUCCGUAAAGGCCUGUGGGAGAAGGUCUCAGGCCGUCUUCACAAGCCCCUGAAAGUGUUCCCCUACGGCGCGAACGCGGACGAAGUGAUGCUGUUCGGCACUGUGGACUACGAGCUCAAGGACGGGCGGAAGGCGAAUGUUGACUGGUCUGCCCAUGCACAUUUGGUAAAGCAGGAAGGCAAGGUCAAGAUGGACUUCUAUCAGGUGUAUCUGGAUUCCGCAGCCCAAAAUCCCUCGAAAUGA